UGUAAUAUAAGAAAAUUAUACAAACGAAUAAUUUGUUAAAUAAAGAGCCACAACGAAUCAUAAAAAUUUUAACACGUCAAAUCCAUCAAGAUGAGUAAUAAUGAUAGAACACCAACAUCAAAUGAUGAUAAAGUUGCCAAACAACAAGUUGUUGCCUAUACACAAAAAUCACAAAUUAAACAUGAAAAUCGUCAUAUACAACUGGUACGUGAAUAUGGAUUUCAUCCUCGUACUAAAGCAACUGUCGAGGAUGGUGAUGUUCUGCCAAAGAAAUUCGAACCAUUUCCGGAAAAUAUGUACGGUCGGCCACUGGAGGAAAUUGAUCAAUUUAUAUACGAAGAGACAUUCUGUGUGGUUUCGAAACGUUUUCGGAAAAACUACAUACAUCGCUUUACGGGCACGAAAAGUUUAUUUCUAUUUCAUCCCUGGAGUAUGGCGAGACGAAUAUGCGUGUAUAUAGCAACAAAUCAGUAUUUCGAUUAUUGCGUUAUGGCUACAAUAUUGUUUAACUGUAUUUUUUUAGCCAUGACCGAAACAGUCGAAGAAGCUGAAUAUAUCUUCCUAGCGAUUUAUACCAUUGAAAUGGUUAUAAAAAUCAUUGCCAAAGGCUUCCUGCUCAAUAAAUACACAUAUUUGCGCAAUCCUUGGAAUUGGUUGGAUUUUGUGGUCAUAGCCAGUGGUUAUGCCACCAUUGGCAUGGAUGUUGGCAACUUGGCCGGGUUGCGUACAUUUCGUGUAUUGAGAGCUUUAAAGACUGUUUCUAUAAUGCCAGGUUUAAAGACUAUUAUUAAUGCACUACUGCACUCAUUUCGUCAAUUGGCCGAGGUCAUGACGUUGACCAUAUUUUGUUUAAUGGUCUUUGCACUAUUUGCACUGCAGGUUUAUAUGGGAGAAUUACGUAAUAAAUGUGUUAAAAAUGUACCCGAUGAAUGGUCGAAUACUUCAGAUCUUGAAUGGAGAUUAUGGAUCAACGACACUGAAAAUUGGUUGUAUGACGAUGAGGAGCUGCCCAUGUUGUGCGGUAAUUUAACGGGUGCCCGUCAUUGUCCCCUGGGUUAUACGUGCCUGUGCGUUGGCGAAAAUCCCAAUCAUGGUUAUACGAAUUUCGAUAAUUUCAUGUGGUCGAUGUUGACAACAUUUCAAUUGAUAACAUUGGACUAUUGGGAGAAUGUGUACAAUAUGGUGUUGGCCACAUCGGGGCCAAUGAGUGUGUCAUUUUUUACAGUGGUUGUGUUUUUUGGUUCAUUUUAUUUAAUUAAUCUAAUGUUAGCCGUAGUCGCUCUAAGUUACGAGGAAGAAGCCGAAAUAACAAACGAAGAACGCAAAAAAGACUUAUUGGAUCAUCGAGAUGAUUCAACAUUUAGCUUCGACCCGUCCGUUUUGAAUGUAAAAAAAUUAAAUAAAAGUAAUAAUAAAAAGAAGAUAGAUUCGCGUAAAGGUGUUUUAUUGGCAUCCUACAGUAAAAAGAAGACGAGAAGAAAAAAGUGUCCCAAGGGAACGGGCAAAGAAGGCGGCAAUGCUACGGACAGUAAUGGCAAUGGAACGCAUCACAGUAAAAAUGAUUCACUCACGCCAACACCCAGUCCCAGUCCACGUCACAGCGGCUGUGAACGUCCUACCGAUUUAGCCUUGAAAUGUGAACACUCCGAUGAAAAGACGACGCACGGAGAUAAACAACAACAGCAGCAACAACAACAACAGCAGCAGCAGCAGCAACAACAGAUUCGUCAGUCACGCAUUUGUUUUCAAGACGAUGCCGCAAAGAAUCCAAAUAUGUUAUAUCCCUCCCAUCCACUUAUGCCCAGUCGUCAGGCGAGUUCAAAUUCGAGUGGAGUAAAUCGUGAAUCAUCGCAAGAUGAUUCGGGUGUUGUGGAUGAUCAUGAUGAGCAGGAUAUAACGGCUUCCGAAGUGGUUAAUGUUUCGGCUACCGAUACACAAAAUGAUCAUACGGCUGUAACGUUGGCUCUGUCGCCGCGAGAGGUUCGCUUAAUUAAGUGUAAUGGUAAUAUAGCACGCAUUAAAAAGCAUAAUAUUUAUGCUUUACAUCCGGAAUACUCUUCCGAAAUUGUUGUAAUCGAUGAUCUUCCUGAUCGUAAUUGUGAUAGAUGUGUUCAAUGUUGUAUUGACUAUGAGGGUUGGUUGCAAUUUCAAAAUUGCCUUUAUAAAGUUGUACGCGAUCCGCUAUUUGAAUUGGCCAUAACGCUGUGUAUUGUAUUGAAUACAGCAUUUUUAGCCAUGGAACAUCAUGGCAUGAGUGAGAGCUUUCGCAAUGCCUUGGAUGUGGGGAAUAAGGUUUUCACUUCCAUUUUCACCUUUGAGUGUAUUAUUAAAUUGAUGGCCCUGUCCAAAGAGUUUUUUCUUUGUGGCUGGAAUAUUUUCGAUUUAAUUAUUGUUACGGCUUCCUUGUUGGACAUUAUAUUUGAACUGGUCGAUGGUUUAAGUGUUUUAAGGGGCUUGAGAUUGUUAAGGGUCCUUAAACUGGCUCAAUCUUGGACUACUAUGAAAGUAUUAUUGAGCAUUAUUAUAUCGACAAUUGGUGCUUUGGGUAAUCUAACCUUGAUAUUAGUCAUUGUCAUUUACAUAUUUGCCGUUAUUGGCAUGCAACUAUUUUCAAAAGACUAUACGCCAGAAAAAUUUGAACCAGAUCCAGUGCCAAGAUGGAAUUUCAAUGAUUUUUUCCAUUCAUUUAUGAUGAUUUUUCGUAUUUUAUGCGGAGAAUGGAUUGAACCUUUAUGGGAUUGUAUGAGAGCUGAAGAAGAGCAAGGUGCCUCUUCCUGUUUCGCCAUUUUUCUACCCACUUUAGUAAUGGGCAAUUUUAUGGUUCUAAACUUGUUCUUGGCCUUGUUGCUCAAUAGUUUCAAUUCGGAGGAGUUAAAGUCCAAAAAAGAGAUUUUCAAGAAAAAGGAAGUAGGUGAAGAAUCGAAAUUAGCCCGCAGCAUAGAAAGAGUACGAGACUUGAUACGUAAGAAACGUCAAGAGCGUAAGGAACGUAAAGAGCGUAAAUAUGCUACGAAAUUUCAGCAGAUUGUCAUCGAAGCCCAACAAGCAGCGGCAGCCGCAACAAUCGAUAAACCGGGCCUAAUAUCGGAAACAAAAUUUCACAGACUGAGCUAUCAGGAAUCUAUGAAUCGCCCAGUUUCUGGUUCCGAUUUUGGCUAUCAAAUACCUUUAAAGGGUAGCCUACACACUAUUGCGGAUGGUGUCGAAACGGAAGAUGAUAAAAAAUCAUAUUCUUCACAACAAUUAACACAUUCAAUGCUGAGCGGUGGUGGUUCGCUGCAUCACCAUCAUCAUCAUCAGCAACACCAACAGCCAGCAUUACAGUUGCUGUAUCAACAGCAGCAACCAGCAAUGCCAUCGUUUGAUGGCACUGUUGCCAGCUCCUGCCAAUUAGACAAUAAUAGCUUAAAUCCUCAAGUAGAUCGUCGUUUACAACAUCAAAUGUCUUCCGGAUUUGGUACGCAGCCAAAUGAUUCACGCGAUGAACCCACAACGUAUACCGAAUCGAUAGAACUGCAGCUGAUGGGUCAAUACAAUUCGACUGAUACGGACCCGUACGCCAACGAUCAGCGUAGUGGUUCUUAUAUGCGUGCCGAUUCUUUGCAAGAACGCAGCGGUUCCUAUAUGCGUGCCGAUUCGUUGCAAGAACGUAGCGGUUCCUAUAUGCGUGCCGAUUCCUUGCUGGAACGCAGUUCAACGCGUCAUUGCAGCGAGGAACACGAUGAAUCUUAUCUACAGUAUCAAAAAUCGUUGCUAACCCGAUCGCCCAGCUAUCGCAAGUCCCUGGAUCGUCUGUCACAGUCGAGCGAUCAAUCGCAGAGAUCAUUAAUUCCUUCCCGCAGUCUUAAGUCCGACGAGGAUGGUCAUUCGCGUCAUUCAUUGAACACCAUUUCCAUGGAGCACGAGGAACUGCUGUCGAAUCAGGCCAACCUUCGUGAAGAACUGUUGAAUUGUGAUCAAAAGGAAUUAUUUCAAUUUCUGCAGGACGAUAUACUCGAUAAUAGCAACAAUUAUUUUAGCGAUACUGUGGGUUAUGGUUCUGCUAUAAUGGAAGCCGAUACGGAUUCGCUAAUCGUUGUGGAUGGCCGACGGGAAGAGCGUAAACCCUCAACCAGCAGUAUUAAAUCGAAUUUAAGUUACAUCUCCAACUCCAUACUCCAAACCAUAGAAUCGCGUCGCAAUGGCAGUCAUUCCUCGAAUGGUAAUGGUCAUGAUAGUGAUAAUUUACCUUUAGUGGAACACUCCGAGUUCGACAAUAUUAUACAGAGUUUUGAAAAGGAAUUGGAGGAGAUAAAAAAGUCAACGACUUCUCUAGAGCGUAGACUAUCUACACUCUCCGAACCUUCGCCCGCAGCUGAUGAAGCUAAUAAGGCCAUAUUGGAACAUAUAGCGGUGAUAACAGGGGCUUCAGAAAGAACGGCAGCCGAUGAAGUUGUGGCGCCCUUAAAUCCCUACGAUAGCUAUGAUCUUUCUGCCGUGCCCCGACGACAGCACUCUUUGCCAGCCACCUCUACACGGGCCUCGGCCAAAAUCAAACGACGUAGUCUGGAAAAACAACGAAAAAUCGAUGAUGAUUUUAGCAUAACGAAUGAAAUACGCAAAAUCUGUGAUCAAAUGCAGGCACCUUUUGCCACAGUCGAAGCUAUGUCCGUGGCUGCCACACAAGCCUCGGGCGCUCAUUCACCUUUUAUGCGACGAAAAAGUGAUUUAUUUAGUGCUCAAUUCGAUCGUUUCAAGCGCAUGUCUCUCAUAGAACGCGUCGAGGAAGUGCCAGAGGAGGAGAAACCCAUUUCUACACUGCGCAUGGAAUCGGAACGUUUACCGCGCAAAUGCCUAACGGCCGAACCCAUGAAGAUCGAUAGUCUCUCGUUAAAAAGUACAAAUUCUUACGAAAAUCUACUGUUGCACAAGCAACUGACUAAAGCUCAAAAGAAACAGAAGCAAACGCAACAGAAACAGCCCUCGCUACAACGUGAUAGCUCACAAUCUUCCUCGGCCGCUAUACCACCCACACCACCAACCUCGCUUAAGUCGUCGAUGGAGCCGCAUACGCUGGCACAAUUGUCAUCGCUAAAGACGACACCGCCUCUAACGGCACUCACCGAACAUCAGCAACACUAUCAUGCCACAACGGCUCAAACACGUACCACACCUCUCCUCCCAAGGGCUGGUCCGGGUAGCGUUGAAGUACAGCAUACGAAGUUGCAUGUCAAACGCUCAAAGCAUCCACAAUCGUCGCUAGAUAAAGCUGCUUCCUUUCAGUCGGGACGCACCGAAUCGCAUAGUUCGGGUGCGGCCGAUACAUCAUCGGUUAUGGCACUAACUGCCCCCGGCGAGGCUCAGCUGUUGGCGGCAGGCGGUGAUUCGAUAACGCAGAGAGACGGCGAAGGUCUCCAGUCGCAGAAAUCAACGUUCUCACGACUGACUGAAAAACCAUGGCAUUGUCUGGUCUCCUACGUAGACGAUCUCACAGUGGGUGGGAGACGUAACUCGCAGGGAGCAUACAAUGAUCCCAUGACUUUUCCAAGUUUUGGACAAACGAAACCACCAAAAGUGCCAGAUGAUUGUUUCCCCCAAAAGUGUUACGAACACUUUUACUUUCGCUGUCCAUGGUUUAUGUCCUGUAUGGAUACCAAAAGUGCUAAACAUUGGACACGCGUCAGAACGGCCGUCUUGACUGUUGUGGAUACUCCAGCCUUUGAGUGGUUUGUUUUAGUGUUGAUCUUCGCCUCCAGCAUAACAUUAUGUUUCGAGGACAUCUAUUUGGAUAGUAAUAAAUCGCUGAAGCGUAUUUUAUACUGGACAAAUUUCUCCUUCUGUUUGAUAUUUGUCAUUGAGAUGGUAUUGAAAUGGUUGGCCUUGGGGUUUUCCAAAUACUUUACAAGUUUUUGGACUAUUUUGGAUUUUAUCAUAGUAUUUGUUUCGGUUUUUUCUUUAUUAAUCGAGGAAAAUGAAAAUUUAAAAGUUUUACGCUCUUUACGAACCCUAAGAGCUUUAAGACCCUUAAGAGCCAUAUCCCGGUGGCAAGGAAUGCGAAUUGUAGUAAAUGCUCUCAUGUAUGCCAUACCAUCAAUUUUCAAUGUACUUUUAGUUUGUUUGGUUUUUUGGUUAAUAUUUUCUAUAAUGGGUGUACAAUUUUUUGGUGGUAAAUUUUUCAAAUGUAUCGAUAACGAUGGAGAACUAUUGCCCGUAACGGAAGUGAAUGACAAAUGGGAUUGCAUAGAACAAAAUUUUAGUUGGAUCAAUUCAAAAAUAACCUUUGAUCAUGUAGGUAUGGGCUAUUUGGCUCUCUUACAAGUGGCCACCUUCGAAGGCUGGAUGGAAGUUAUGGCCGAUGCUGUCGAUGCCCGCGGUGUGGAUUUGCAGCCUCAACGUGAAGCGAAUCUUUAUGCUUAUAUAUAUUUUGUUAUCUUCAUUGUAUGUGGCUCGUUCUUUACUCUUAAUCUAUUCAUAGGAGUUAUUAUCGAUAAUUUCAAUAUGCUCAAGAAAAAGUAUGAAGGAGGAGUGUUGGAAAUGUUUCUCACCGAAUCUCAAAAACAUUAUUACACCGCCAUGAAAAAGUUGGGACGAAAAAAACCACAGAAAGUCAUUAAGCGACCAAUAAAUCAUUUUUUAGCGAUGUUUUACGAUUUAUCUAAUUCACGAAGAUUUGAAAUAGCCAUAUUUGUACUGAUUUUUUUAAAUAUGUUAACAAUGGGUAUUGAGCACUACAAUCAACCGCAUGCGGUAUUUUUCAUACUCGAAGUUAGUAAUGCAUUUUUUACCACCGUCUUUGGUUUGGAGGCCAUAGUGAAAAUCAUAGGUCUACGUUAUCAUUAUUUUACGGUCCCUUGGAAUGUAUUUGAUUUUCUCUUGGUGUUGGCAUCGAUAUUUGGCAUACUCAUGGAAGAUAUUAUGAUUGAUUUGCCGAUAAGUCCCACUCUCUUGAGAGUGGUACGAGUCUUUCGUAUUGGCCGCAUUUUGAGACUAAUUAAAGCUGCGAAGGGUAUUCGUAAAUUGCUGUUUGCCUUGGUAGUAUCACUGCCAGCCCUCUUUAAUAUUGGUGCCCUCUUGGGUCUGAUAACCUUUAUUUAUGCCAUUUUGGGCAUGUCACUGUUCGGUCAUGUCAAACUGCAGGGGGCACUCGACGACAUGGUCAACUUUCAGACAUUCGGUCGUAGUAUGCAAUUGUUAUUUCGCCUAAUGACAUCGGCCGGUUGGAAUGAUGUGCUCGAAUCGCUAAUGAUACAGCCGCCCGACUGUGAUCCGAAUUUUAAUCGUCAGGCGAAUGGGGAUUGUGGCCAUCCGCUGCUGGCCAUUUCGUACUUUACCAGUUUCAUUAUAAUUAGCUACAUGAUUGUCAUUAACAUGUAUAUCGCCAUUAUUUUGGAGAAUUUCAAUCAAGCUCAUCAAGAGGAAGAAAUUGGUAUAGUAGAAGACGAUUUGGAAAUGUUCUAUAUCAGAUGGUCUAAAUAUGAUCCCCAUGCUACACAAUUCAUACAUUUUGCACAGUUGUCAGAUUUUAUCGCAUCUCUGGAUCCACCGUUGGGCAUUGCGAAACCAAACACCGUAGCAUUGGUAUCAUUUAAUCUACCCAUUUCGAAGGGCAAUAAAAUUCAUUGUUUAGAUAUUCUCCAUGCAUUGGUGAAACAUGUUUUGGGUCAUGUCGAAGAGACGGACAAUUUUAAACAGUUGCAAGAGCAAAUGGACGUUAAGUUCAAGAAACAAUUCCCCACGCGCAAAGAAUUGGAAAUCGUUUCGUCCACGCGCAUCUGGAAGCGUCAAGAGAAGGCAGCUAAACUGAUACAGACAACGUGGCGAGAGUAUCAGAGAAGAAAGAAAGAGAAAGAACGUUCGAAUUCGGGUGAUAGUGCUACGCAAACAUCGAGUCCAGGAGGCUGGCAGGCGAGAUUAUCAUCAUUGAAUUUCUUUCAUUUGCAGGUUUCAAGACGUGGCACUCAAUGCUCAAGUCGAGCUUCUUCGCGCAAAUCUUCACGAGCCUCCGAUGCUUCCGAUAUUAGCGAAUUGGCUGGUCCCUGGUUGAAUUUACCACUUAUGAUGGUAUCCGGAGCCGAUGAUGUCGUCAACAAUAUUAAACAACAAAGUGAAGAGCUUGGCAAGCGUGGUAGCAUAUUUGUGGAAGCGCCUAGAGCUAAUCGACGCCGAAGCUUUUAUAAUUUCUUUUUGCGGCAUCAGGAUGCAGUUGAUGAUAGUUUAACUUCACCAUCAGUGCAUAGAAAAAGCAUUUCGCCCACAACAGCUGCUAUUUCCUCUACCACUUCCCUUGCCACAACAAUUGCUGAUAAUAAUACGACUACCGCCUCUUUGGACAAACAAAUCAUACAGCAACAGGCGGCGGUGGUAGCAACACCGACACGGAAACGUGCUACAAGUUUUAUACGCAAAAAACCACCCCUAGAAAGAGGUUUGUCAGCACAAAGCGCUUUAAGAGUUAACAAAAAUGCUUUUGUCUCUGAGGGUCCUACACCGGAAGUGAUUGUAACUAAACCAUCGCCAGAUCAAAGUGUUAUAGUACCAUUGGGUUUAAGACCGGAAAAUUCGACUUUGGUGCAUGUGUUAGUUCAUCGAGAGAGUGAGGAGUAUAAGGAGGAAGAAGAUGAGAAUGUUUCGAGAGCUGUAUCGCCAGCGAUGGGUUUGGGAAUGGAAAAACAUAAACCACCCCAAAUACGUAUUAGUCCUGGAUCGGAUGAUGGUAGCUUAACUAUUUUAGACUCAGUACAGUUAUCAACGGUACAGAUAAUGAUUGAAUCCCCCAAAGAACCACCUAGAGGUGAUUUCUCAGCAGAUUUUGAUGUACAGCAGCAACAACAACAGGAAGUUGCAGUCAUGCCUGUUAUAGAAGAACCUAUCGAUGUCAAUAUACAGGGUGAUACAUCCAAAGUAUUCUACGAUUACAAUCCCGAGGAGGCCAAUGAAAUUGUGGUAUUAGAAACUCUAACCGAAGAAUCACCUAAAUCUGAAGAUAUACCAGCACUGCCAGAUAUACCAGUGCCGCCAUCCUCUUUUGAUUUCAUCAACGAAAUCUCAGGCACUGAACAACUGAAAACAAUACCAAUAACAACAACAACAACUACAACGAUUUUAGCCGAAGGUGAAGAGAAAUUAGAUUUAAAACCUUUGCAAACUUCGCCAACAACAUCAACAACAACCACCAUCACAACACAAACUAAAGUAUCACAAACACAACCCAUAUCAACGGCAACAGCCACACCGACAACAUCAACAACAUCAGCAUCAUCAUCAACAACCACAUCACCAGCUUCUUCACAAACAUCAAAUGAAGAUGAUUUCGAAGAUCGUGAUAAGGCUCACGCCGAUGACCAUGAUGAUGAUGAUGCCGAUAACAUCAGAUGACAUUCACCCCAAACAGCACCGGUGAUUGCAAAAACAUCCAGUUCUAGUAGCACCAGUUGCUGUAGUUCCCGACCCCAUUCUAGUCCCUACAGUUCGGGUACGGACCAAAAUGAUGAUGAUGAUGAUCCCCUAGAACAGGAUCAACAUCAACAAUUCAGUUGACAACAUCGUAUCUGAGUAAAAACCUACAAAUACUAUUAUAAUUAUUAUUAUAUUUAUUAUAACUAUUAUUAUAAUUGUUAUAGUUGUUGUUAUAAAGAGUACAUCUACAAUUUAUCAAAUUAUACUCGAAUCAUG